CCCGGCCAUGAGGUGUGUAGCAGAGCACUGUGGAUGCCGAGGUUAUGGACUUAAAUUUCCUCCAGUUACAUUCGUUUAAUAGAGAUUAAACCUCGGCCACGUAAAAGCCUAGAUGCGAGAUUUCCUUCUACUGAAAUCAAAUCGACUGGUGAUAAGGAUUUUUUAAAAAGACACUGAAAUUAUUUACAAACUGAAAUGUCUGCAAGACAAUCAAGCCAGACCAACCCUGUGCCAGACGUUGACCCUGAGGAGCCCGAGGAGGUCACCGAGGCUGUGUGUCUGGAGUCAGAGCUCCAAGAUGGACAGAUGAUGGAGGUUGAAGUUGGUCACCAUAAUGUCCUGUUGGCACGCUGUGAGGGGGUUUACUAUGCAGUUGGCAACCAAUGCACCCACUAUGGGGCCCCACUGAGCAGAGGUUACCUGGGUGACCAUAGGGUCCGCUGCCCAUGGCAUGGGUCCUGCUUCGACCUCAAGACAGGUGAUCUGGAGGAGUUCCCUGCAAUGGACUGCUUGCCUACUCACAAGGUGAAAGUCGAGAAUAGUAAAGUAUAUGUAUCGAUCAACAAAAAGUCUCUGGAACAGAACAAACGGCUAAAGCCGAUGGGCACCAGAGUUCCUGAAGUCUCCCACACCGUCAUACUGUUAGGUGGAGGGUGUGCCUCUUUGGUGUGUGCUGAAACAUUGCGGCAAGAGAACUAUGGCGGUCGGAUCAUCAUGGUGACAAGAGAUGACCUGUUGCCGUAUGACAAAACCCGACUCAGCAAGGUCAUGAAUGUGGAAAGUGACAGUAUCCUGUUGAGAAGAAUGGAGUUUUUCCAUCAGUAUGACAUAGAAGUGUGGCUCAGAAAGGAGGCUAUGUCAAUAAAUACUGACAAGAAAACAGUGACAUUCAACGAUGGCAUUACUCAAUGUUAUGACCAGCUUUUAAUUGCAACUGGCUGUAGAGCCAAGGGACUGGAGUGUCCUGGAUCUGACCUGGAGAACAUCUUGAUGUUGGAGACCCCGGAGGAUGCCAGACGAAUCCAUUAUGCCUGCGUGAACAACAGGAUAGUUGUUGUGGGCACAUCCUUUGUUGGCAUGGAGAUAGCUUCAUACAUGACUGAAAAGGCAUUCAGCAUCACCGUCAUUGGUAGCAGCGAAAUACCUUACCAGAGGACCUUUGGACCCGAUAUUGGGAAGAUUACUAUGAUGAUACUGGAAGAAAAGGGUGUGACAUUUUACAUGAAUGACAUUGUGACAGAAAUCAGAGGGGAAGACAAGAAGGUGAAAGAGAUAGUCCUGAAAAGUGGCACUGUUAUCCCUGCUGAUAUUCUUAUAGUGGGCAUUGGUGUCAUUCCAAACUCAGAGUGCCUGCAAGGGAGUAACGUUACAAUGGAUGCAAAGAACUACGUCCCUGUUGACAAGUAUAUGAGGACAAACAUAAAGGACGUCUUCUGUGCAGGGGACCUGUCAACAUUCCCUCUGAAAAUGGCCAAAGACCAGAAAGUAAACAUAGGCCACUGGCAGCUAGCACAGGCACAUGGACGGGUGGCAGCCCUGAACAUGCUGCAUAAAGAGGUGGAGUUCGACUCUGUGCCUUUCUACUGGACCGUCCUCCUGGGCAUGACCAUCCGUUACACAGGUUUUGGGGAGGGCUACACUGAUUUAGUAUUAAAAGGAAAAGUUGAGCAUUCCAAAUUCCUCGCACUAUAUAUCAAGGAGGACCAAGUGGUGGCCGCUGCAGGGCUGAACUUUGACCCUGCAGUUUCCGUGGUUGCAGAGAGGUUAGCCACUGGUAAAGUCAUUUCAAAAGCAGAAGCCGAAUCUGAUGAUCUCACCUGGUUGCAUCUGCCCGAUCUAAACCUGUCUUGACACCAGCCUGGAAUGUUCCUCCUCCUGACCUCCCAGUCUCAUCCAGAUCCUCUGUACUCUCAUCUUUCCAUUUCAAAGUCUGUGUCCUCACACACACCUUGUCCCUUUCUUAAGAGUUUUCUAGCAAUUGUAUUAAGCUUAGUGUUACACUUAUUUCACAACCUUUUUUAUCUGUUUGACCAAUAGCACAUAGAUAAGGAUGAAUCACAUAUGCAUGGUAGUAGUCUGUUUUCAGGGCAGACAAAACAACAGUAGAAACCCCCCUGGCGGCAUGUACCGCUGCCCUUGUAAACCAAAACGCCCAAACAGAACACAAGAGGGGAUUAGAUAAAACAGUGGUCUACGGGUCACAUCAAUGAGCAAGGGGUGCAGGAUUUGGCAGCGAUGACAAAAAGGGCAACACACAAUAGGACUGAACAAGCACAGCACAAAAGGCCAAAACGAAACAAGUGAGGCCCUUUACAUCAAAAUUGCUGUGCUGCCUCUCUUUUUCUCUCCUUCUCUGUCCCCUCUUACACACACAUAUGAAGAGUUCA